AUGGAGGAAGUUGAAGCUGCUCACAAAUCAGCUGUAGAAAGCUGUCAUGGAGUCUUAAAGCUCUUAUCACAACAACCCACUGAUCCCAAAUCUCUCUUUGUUGAAACAAGAGAAGCAGUUUCCAAGUUCAAGAGAGUAGCCUCUCUGUUAUCCAGAGGGUCCUCAGGUCAUGGAAAGUUUAGGAGAACCAACAACAAGUUUAGGUCUUCUUUUCCUCAACAUAUCUUCUUGGAGAGUCCUAUUUGCUGCGGUAAUGAUUUAAGUUGUGAUUACACUCAAGUUCUUGCACCAGAGCCUCUUCAAAUGGUUCCAGCUCCUGUUGCUCAUGAUGAGAUUAACCAAAGACACCAAAUGGCUCGUCAUCCUCCUCCAUUGAUGCUUGGUCACAGAGUGUGUGCUGAGAAGUCGUUUCUGGAGUUAAAGCCACCGCCUUUUCGAGCUCCUUAUCAGUUAAUCCAUAACCACCAGCAAAUAGCUUACUCUAGGAGCAAUAGUGGCGUAAACCUCAAGUUUGAUGGAUCUGGUAGUACUAGUUGCUAUACACCGACGAGUGUAUCGAACGGGUCGAGAUCGUUUGUGUCAUCUCUUAGUAUGGAUGCUAGUGUUGCGGAUUACGACAGGAACUCGUUCCAUUUAACCGGAUUGCCUCGUGGGUCUGACAAGAUAUCCAGGAAGAUGUGCUCUGGUGGUAUGAAAUGUGGGAGCCGAAGUAAAUGUCAUUGUUCCAAGAAAAGGAAACUUAGGGUGAAACGGUCAAUCAAAGUGCCUGCAAUCAGUAACAAGAUUGCAGAUAUUCCUCCAGAUGAAUAUUCAUGGAGAAAAUACGGUCAGAAACCGAUAAAGGGCUCACCACAUCCACGAGGAUACUACAAAUGCAGCAGUGUGAGAGGUUGUCCGGCAAGGAAGCAUGUGGAGCGGUGUAUCGAUGAAACAUCAAUGUUGAUUGUGACUUACGAAGGGGAACAUAACCAUUCAAGAAUACUGUCUUCACAGUCAGCUCACACCUAA